CGGCGUAACAGAUGCCGCACGGAGAAAUAAGCCUUUAAUACCCACAGGACUCGGGAAGGGGCAACUACACUCAACUCACAUCAGCGACUUAAGUGAAACCCUUCACGCAACUCUCGCAGUCUCCGGUGGUGUCCUGGGCGUCGCGGUCCUGGGCAGAAAUUGCAUCCUCACGCACAAACUGGCGCUCAGGGAACACGCGUAUCGGUUGCACUUUAGAGCAUCCUCGGAGUUAUCCACCUGAGUGGAGGGAGAACCAAUCUCAUGGCAUGCUUGCCCAUUUCUCAUUUACUGGAGCCAGGUGAAUGGUGAUUUGAAGUGGUCGUUACAGCCUUGGAAUAGCGCUACAGGACACCUUUAACUGCCAUGCCGCCCAAAAAGAAGGGAGAGCAUAAGGACACAGAUGUCGUUGAGGAAAGAAACGCCCAGGUGCAGCUGGAGAAAGCCAAGUACAAGCCUGUGGCAUUUGCUGUACGAUGCAACUUCUCUUACACGCCAGCAGACGAUGACAACGUCCCUGUACCAGGCCAGGCUGUCACUUUUGAGGCCAGGGACUUCCUACAUAUCAAAGAGAAGUUUAACAAUGACUGGUGGAUCGGACGGCCGGUGAAGGAGGAUGGUGUGGUGGGCUUCGUCCCCAGUCCGGUCAAUCUGGAAACCAUUCUUAUCCGAAGAGAAGUCCAAGCGAGGAAAGCUGCCAAGGCAUUAGCCAACAAAGCUGCAUCUCAGGUAGCUCAAGAUAUGAACUCGAAGAAAUAUACUCCUCCAUCACAAGCCAAUCAGCAGGUGAAAAAGAAGCCGGGGGAGCAGGUGGCUAUGUAUGAUGUAGUGCCUACAAUGCGUCCUGUGGUUCUAAUGGGACCAUCACUGAAGGGCUUAGAGGUUACAGAUAUGAUGCAAAAAGCACUAUUUGACUUUUUAAAACAUCGAUUUGAAGGCAGAAUUACUAUUACGCGGGUAACAGCAGAUAUCUCACUGGCAAAACGAUCCAUCCUCAACAACCCUGGCAAAAAGGCCUUAAUGGAUCGCUCCAACACCCGCUCCAAUUUAGAUGCUGCCGCUCAGAUCCAAGGGGAGGUGGAGCGUAUCUUUGAGCUCGCCCGCAGCCUGCAGUUGGUUGUUUUAGACGCAGACACCGUCAACCACCCUAUGCAGGUGUCCAAGACCUCCCUGGCUCCAAUUCUUGUCUAUGUAAAGAUCUCCUCACCAAAAGUGUUGACAAGACUGAUCAAGACCAGAGGGAAGUCUCAGACCAAACAUCUCAAUGUUCAGCUUGUGGCAGCAGACAAGCUUGCCCAAUGUCCACCAGUGAGUGCCAUCUAGUGGCAGAUGAGAAAAGUUGGCAGAAUUGUGACUACUUUAGUGUAUGAAUAUAUACUACAUGUGUUAUUUCCAGUGAGACUGCUGAGGGCCCAACAAAAUUCUUCUUUUUCUUUUUUCCAGUUUUUUUUUUUGUUGUUGUUUGCUGUUUUUUUUUUUUUCAAAUUUGUGGUUCCAGAAGUAUAAGUGACUUUUUACGAUUUUGGUGUGCCUUUGAAAAACCAUUUAGACCUUAUUUGUGAUUCUCAAAAAUAACCACAGAUUUUAACUUGUCUCCUGACUGUUACACACAUUUCAAUUGAAUUUUUCCAUUUCCUGUAGGAAAUGUUUGAUGUCAUCUUAGAUGAAAACCAGCUAUCGGAUGCCUGUGAGCACAUUGCUGACUACCUGGAGUCCUAUUGGAGAGCCACUCAUCCGCCAGAGAUGGAGCCUGCCAACGCAGUGGUGGCCCAGCUGG